AAUUGAUGAUGGUUAGUCUAUGUUGACAAUUGUGUGAAGGUUAGGUGUUUGAUGAAUUGACUAUAUGAUUUAUGUAGAAUUGCUAAAAUUCUUGAUUGGAUUUUAACAUAUGAAUGGGCUAAGUGUUUCGGCCCCUAAUCUAGUUGAUGCUAUGAGAUUUAAUUGAUAAGUUAUGAGUGUUCAAUUGAAGUUAUAUAGCUGAAUGUAGAUUGAGUUUGAAGCAAGAUUGAUUGAGUUAGAGUUGAUGCAAAAAUAAUGCAUGAAUAGUUGGUUAUGUGUAUGAAUUCAAGUCUUGAUGUUUUGUUAAGGUUUAAGUCAUGGAUUGGUAAGUGUAUGUUUGUUGACGGUGUAUGAGUUGUGAUGGUGUAAAAGGAUAGUUUUGAUGGAUUUUAGGUAUCGUUGCAUAAUAAGAUUACGAUUAAAAGUUACGCAAACUAGUUAACGAAAUUGCGUAAAACUGUUCUGGAAAACAGCGAUAUUGUAAAGGCAAUAUCUCGGGCUGUAUAGGUCCAAAUCAAGUUCCGUUUGUUGGUACAGAAACUUUGAAAUGUUAACUAUAAUUAUCUAGUUUUAAGUUUUCUCUAAUUCUGCCUCUAAACUGCUCAUAAAAGGCAGAACAUUAUGUUGUGCAAUCUGCCCUACACUUGUAAACAGCUCCAAGGAAAUAACUUCUGAGCUUGUUUUCGACACCUUCAGGUGCAAUUCAUGGUCUGAGACCUAAACGAAAGUUGUAGGCGGCGUUCUAAACUUUAAGAAUGUCGAUUUCGUUCAGGGGUCAACCUAUUUUAGAUAAGCGUUUUUAAUGACCGAAGUAGGUUGAUCGAACUAGUUUUAGAUGCGUAAUCGUAAUUAGAUUUGUUAUUAAUUCGUAACGUUAUCGAAUUUGCGUAAACUCGACGAAGCGACUAUCGACAAGGCUCGAGGGGAACGGAUCGAGAUGUUUUCGUAUUUAUUUGAAGAAUUUGGAUAGCAAGUGGGAUAGUAUGAUAUGAUUUGAAGAGUCAAGCUUCCGAAGUUUUAAUUCUCGGAAGUCAUUUGUACAAGAAGAAAAAGAAGGUUUUCAUUCUAGCAGUCCGCAGUAGUCUAGAUAUUUUAACUAGAAUUUUGUAUAACGCGUUUUAAUUGUGAUAUUAAUUGUAAAUGGUGUCACAUGUAUUUUAAUAUAUGAAAUAUGUUUUGAUUUGCGAAAAAUUUACACAGGUUUUUAGGCUUGUUACGGGAUUUGGAGCUACCACUCCCAUUCCCUAGCGCCGGUCGCGGCUCAUAAAUUUGGGUCGUGACAAUUUAUAAAGUAAAAUAAUUAUAAAAACUGAAGCCAGCUAUAGAAACUCGGGCUUUUUAUGGAUUUAGGCUCGAGUUAAGAUUGAGACAUUAUUUAUUGUCCGAGUUUGGCCCUAAAAAGUGCCUGGACGGGCUGGACAUGUACCCAAACCCAUAACAUGUCUAGGAGGGAGUAUCUAGAGAUUAGUUUUUCAAUUAUAUUGGAGUUGUGCUUUAAUUAUCUUAGCUAUGAUAAAUGGAUAAGUACAUUAUCUUACCAUUAUUAAUCCUAUUUCACAAAAGACAGGAGUCCUUUAUUAUCCUUGUACCAAAAGGACUCCAAAUCAGUUUCAAUAAUUCAACUUCACCAUAUAUAUGUAACACAACCCUUUGCUGUUUCUAUUCAUUAAUGAAUAAAUAUUUUCCGCUUAUUAUGGAUUCUUCAGAAUUCAAUCAAUUCGCUACUACUUGUUCAAGUGAUUUUGAUUCUGACGACUACAACUUUAAUCAUAAGCGACCGAAGAAAAAACAGAGAACCGAAGACAAUUCUUUUUUCAGUCGUGGAGAUUCUUUUUAUACCGCAUUGCAAUCAACUUCAAGAACUUCAUCAUCUUCGGAAUCGGAAGCAAUGGUUGAUGAUUUGUUAGUGUAUGAUCAAUUUAGUAAUCUUCCUGAUGAUAUCAUCCACCAAAUUAUGUUCAACCUUGGAAAUAAAGACUUGGCUGGUCUUAAUUUGACAUCGCGGAGGUUCAGAGAUUUGUGUCUUACGAGACCUUGUCCGGUGUUUGAUUCCACAAAACAUCUUUCUAAUAAAUUGAAACGCCAUGAGUUUAUUUUACAUAUUACUAACUUUUUCGCGAACCGUAAAAAGGUUAAGAGCAAUAAGGAGAUAAAGCGGUUUUCUCUUCGUUGGCAUUGUCAGGGUGAGCGUAAUCAUCUUGUCGAUGAACGUAGUUUGGUAGAGCAGUGGAUUGAUGAAGUGGUGGAUUCCAGUUUCAGUGUUCGCGAGCUUGUUCUUCACCUUGGUUGGCCGGAGAGAAAGCUGAGCAGACCGUUUUUGCUUCCUGUAAACCAAUCGUUGAAGUAUUUGGAAUUAUCCGUGUAUGGAGACACUCUGACAUUACCGUCUGUUAAUCCAAACUCUGAUAUGAUCUCGCUGGAGAGAUUGUCGAUGUUUAUGGUAAAAGUUGACGAGAAUCAGAAUCUUGGCGAAUGGAUUUCGCAAUCUUGCAAGAAACUUAAUAGAUUAGUCUUGAACAAUUGUGUUGGUUUCAGUAAUCUCGAGAUAAAAAGCGAUUCCAUCGAACAUCUCGCGUACGAAUGCACAAGUAAAAAUCUAAAUAAUGAAUUUCUCGGUUUGCAUAUUUCAGCUCCGAAUCUAAAACAACUGCACAUAACUUGGAAAUUAUUGCCAUCUAAUAAUAAAUCCGUAACACUCCAUACCCCGAAUCUUGAAUUUCUGAACUGGAAUUGUUAUCCUGUACAGAAUUGUGAUAUGGGCCAACUCAACUCGCUAAAGCGUGCUUCUGUUUCGUUUCCAUUGCCAUCGCUGCAUCAACUACCUCGCCGUCAUAUUAGUGCCAAUGGUUUGAGCAAGCUGAUGCAGUCUAUACAAGCUGUUAAAUUUCUGAAUUUGAACAGUUUGUAUAUAGAGACAUUGUUCAUAAAAGGUUUUAAGUCUGUUGAGUUCAGAAACUUGGAGACAUUGAAACUGGAAUUUUAUAGUGAAAUGGACAAUAAACAAUUGGGCAUGAUAUCUUGGUUUCUGAAAACAGCAAGAAAUCUGGAAUUAAUUAGCACUUCCAUAUACGGCGGCCGUAACGUUUACACACCUGUUAGUAAACCUCUCGAGUUUCAGAAUCUACCCAUUUCAGAGUUUCAGAAUCGGAUAGCCCGUAUGAAAUUCUGAAAACUGAAUUUGCAGGCAGUAAAGAGUUAGUAUUAGGAACUCAUAUCAGCUUAUUAUUUUUUUAAACUAGAUCAAAUGUAUUAGUAAUUUUUAAACAAUUUUAU